ACUUGUUUGUCCAGCACAUCCCACAGAUACUUGAUCAAAUUGAGACCUGGGAAUCUGGAGGCCACGUCAACACCUGUUUGCAGUGUGGCAGGACACAUUAUCCUGCUGAAAGAGGUCACUGACAUUAGGGAAUACUGUUGCCAUGAAGGAGUGUACUUGGUCUGCAGCAAUGUUUAGGUAGGUGAUACGUGUCAAACUAACAUCCACAUGAAUGCCAGGACCCAAGGUUUCCCAGCAGAACAUUACCCAGAGCAUCACACUGCCUCCACCAGCUCGCCUUCUUCCCAUAGUGCAUCCUGGUGCCAUCUUUUCCCCAGGUAAGCGACACACACACCAAGUUGUCCACAUGAUGUAAAAGAAAACAUGAUUCAUCAGACCAGGCCGCCUUCUUCCACUGCUCCAUUGUCCAGUUCUGAUGCUCACGUACCCAUUGUAGGCGCUUUUGGCAGUGAACAGGGGUCAGCAUGAGCACUCUGACCGGUCUGCGAUUACGCAGCCCCAUAUGCAGCAAGCUGCGAUGCACUGUGUGUUCUGACAACUUUCUAACAUAGCCAGCUUUAACUUUUUCAGCAAUUUGUGCUACAGCUUCUGUGGAAUCAGACCAGACGGGCUAGCCUUCCCUCCACACACGCAUCAGUGAGCCUUGGGCACCCAUGACCCUGUUGCCGGUUGUCCUUCCUUGGACCACUUUUGUAAGAAAUCCAAAUGGCAGAAACGGGAGAAAGUAAGAAAGAGGAGGCAGACUACAAGAGACUACACAGCUUUCCUCUCAUUAGGCACACAGACAUGCCGGAGGAGAUGAGAGUCGAAACCAUGGAGCUGUGUGUCACAGCCUGUGAAAAGUUCGCCACCAAUAAUGAGAGUGCAGCUAAGAUGAUAAAGGAGUCCAUGGAUAAGAAGUUUGGGAGUUCCUGGCAUGUGGUCAUUGGCGAGGGUUUUGGAUUUGAGGUGACUCAUGAAGUAAAGAAUCUGUUGUACAUGUUCUUCGGUGGCAGCCUGGCAGUGUGUGUUUGGAAAUGUUCCUAGCGCUGAUCUCAGUCCAGCCUCUUUCCUGUUCAUUCACACACUACCUACUUUUAUAUAUUUAUAUACCUGUAUUCACAGUACUGUUUCAGCUAUGCAGAUCUUUUUCUACUUGACCUUUGUGUGCAUGUGUGUUUAUGUAACAUUUGUAUGUCUGAAAGAAAACCUGACAGUGUAUGCCAUUUAUAGCUCACCUUCUCUUCUACUGUCUUUUUUUGCUGUUUUACUUUGAACGCAGGGGAUCAUAGUGGAGUUGUAAAACUUUUUCUCAGCUUCCACCUCCAGUAUUGACUAAUAACUACUAAUAAUUGUCUCAGUGAAUUAUAUGGACCGCUUCCAUUUAUGGAUGACACACCGGCAGUGAGAAUUUAUUUUACAUCUAGGGGACAGAUUUAUAUACCAUUCUGUUGGUCCGUGUGCCACUGCAGUGGCACAUAGCAUAGCAGUGCUGUAGUAAUUGAACCCAUGUGAUUUUUAAAGUGCAGUUUGUAAUGUGUAAUUGUUUCUCGACCUGUAAUAAUCACAUAAUUUCAGAGAUACCUUAGAAAAACUGUGAUUGGCAGUAUUGGCAUGGAGUGGAUCGGCUAGUGUCUUUAUCUCAGGCUUCUGUUUACACUUUUCUGGCCCGGAAAUAAGCUCCACCCCCAGCCAGAUCAGAGCUGCUCAGGUCUGCCCUCAUUUCAUGCCUUAGGAGGCACCAGAGGGCUCUAAAAAUUACAAACUGCUCCAUUAAGAAUAUGUGUUGUGUGUGUGUGGUGUUGUGUGAGAGAGAAGAGUGUUUGCAGAUAUCUUAAAAAAAAAAAUACAUCCAUCACAGUUAGUAAUACCCCUUCCUUUUCCCCUUCAUUUUGCCUGCCAUGCAAUCUGUUUCAAAGAGCUUCCUCUGUAUUUUUUUUUUGUUUUGUUUUUUUUUAAGGUUCACCCUUAUCUCUCACUGUUUUCUUUACUAAACCAGCAUUUCUAUCAAGUGUGCCCUGUAGGUUAACUUGAAUACAAGUGUAAAUCUUUUUAAAUAAAUAAAAAUAUCAAUAGA